AUGUGGAGCCUGGCCUUACACGGCACCUUCGCGGACUCCAUCGCGGAGAUCUUGGAGAACAUGCGGGCGCUGGAGACGGUAGGCUACGAAUGGACACUGGGGUGGUCGAUGAUUUUCGUGUUCUUCCUGUACGUCCUGCUUACCAACAUCACCGUGAUGAACAUGCUCAUCGGCAUUGUCUGCGAGGUCGUCUCGGAGGUGAAGCUGAAGGACGAGAAGAAUGUGGCGGUGGAUUACCUGAAGCGGAACCUGCGUCAGCUUCUGAUCGAGCUGGAUGAGGAUCAGAAUCAGCAGAUCUCCAAGAAGGAGCUCAACGCCGCUCGCAACAUGCCACGAGCCAGGGAGGUCCUGAAAGAAUUGGACGUGGACCUGGACAACUUGAUCGUGCUCACGGAGCCUUUGUUCGAGCAAGACGUGGACGCGGGCCGUGAGCAGGAGGUCACACGCGAGGAGCUGCUGAACGUGAUCCUUGACAUGCGCGGGGACCGGGACGUGCGCAUGGAGGACCUGGUGCGUUUGCGCUGCGACCUGCGCCGGUACCUCUCGAGGCAGUUUCAGCAGCUCUUUGUCCACAUUGAGUCCCAAGGUGAUAAGGCGCGGGUCUAG